AUGAAGGAUGUCAAGAUCAAAGAAGCACAAGAGAUAAUUGGCCCUGUUGCGGAACUUGCUUUUCGAAGAUUUGAACCAUUGGCACACCUUCAAAUCUGUCACCAACUUCAAAGGCCGCGAACAAGUCCCUUCUUGGCUUUAGAAGCGUCGACAGAAACAAAUACAGUCGCGUAUGGAGGAUGUUGUUUCAUUUGCUGCCAACCGUACCAAUUCGGUUGGCAAAAGUUUCAAGCGCGAAACCAUCGUCGUCAACUCUCGUUACAAAGCAAAAAGCCUGGCGUGUCUGGCCCGGUUAAGCCCAGAAGCUUAGCGACCAAAAAAACCCAGACCAAUCUGAAGGAUAUCUGA